AUGGAUUUUGCUCUCGCUUUUGUGUCUCUUAUCACGGCAGCUUCUGCCUCCUGUAUUUAUGGCACAUCGCUCAUGCCUCGUGCCGCUGAAGGCGUAGUGGACAUACUGUCCUUCAACUAUACUGCCACUGGCGGCCCUCUGAACUGGCAUUUAUUAAAUACAACAGCUAAUAAUGCCUGCGCCACGGGCAAAAACCAGUCUCCCGUGGAUAUAGUGAUGGAAGGUAUCACUUACGCUAUUCCUGGAUCUGUGAAACUGGACAUACCCUGUGCAGAUGGAGUUGAGCUGGAGAACCUGAACAACGUUGUGGAGGUAGUGGCAAAUAAUGGUACUCUUACUACUCCCGAAUCUAUCUACAAGCUUGCCCAGUUCCAUUUUCAUACUCCAAGCGAGCACCGUGUCAACGAGGAGUACUUUCCAAUGGAAGCCCACUUUGUCUUCGAGAACGAAGCAUCUCAAAUCGCUGUUGCUGCCUUCCUCUUCCAGCUCUCUGAGUCUGGCGCUUCCAAUCCGCUUUUCGACUCGGUUUUUGCCCACCUCGACGACAUCACUACACCUGGUACCUUCACAAAGACCGGACCCUUGGACUUCACUACUGUCAACCAACAUUUUUCAAAUCACGGUAUCUUCCAGUAUUCGGGUUCUCUUACGACUCCACCCUGCAGUGAAGGGCUUUCCUGGUACAUCAGUACAGAGCCAAUGCCUCUCAAUGUCCAAACCUAUAAUAAGGUGAAGAAGGUGGUGAAAUUCAACGCUCGUUAUACCCAGAAUACCCUCGGUCAGAACAACUUGUUGGAACUUGCAGCCACUCCGUCGGGAUAA